CCGUCUCGUCCCCGAAGGCUCUCCUUCUGAACGAGGACGACAAAGGAUUCUGCGGAGGAACGAUCCUCAACCAUUACAUCAUCCUGACCGCCGCCCACUGCAUGAACGAAUCACGCUACAUCUCCGUCAGGCUCGGUGAGUUUGACACGUUGGUGGACCACGGUAACGAGGCCACGCACCAGGUCCAGACCAUCAUCACCCACAGGGGGUACCGGCCGGACACGUACCACAACGACAUCGCCCUCCUGAAGCUGGCCACCCCCAUCACCUUCUCCAGGUACAUCCUCCCGGCCUGCCUCCCCAAGCAGGAUUUCGCUGAAAAGGUGAAUUAUGAACGCAACGCUACACCUCCAACUUCAACUUCAACCCAUG